AUGCGGCUCUUACAGUACCGAGAAGAUGGCGAGCUCAGUGUCACUGCUGACGUGGUUGACGAAGACGCAAUACCCCCUUAUGCGAUCCUUUCACAUACCUGGAGUGAGAAUGAGGCAGAGGAGGUCACUUUCGAAGACCUGGCGAAGAAUGCUAGCAAGGGCAAGCCUGGUUACAAGAAGAUCGAACUCUGUGGAGAGCAAGCAAAGCGCGACGGCUUGCAGUACUUUUGGGUCGACACCUGCUGCAUCGACAAGACGAACAAAGCUGAGCACUCACUAGCUAUCCAGUCCAUGUUUCGCUGGUACCAUAACGCAGCACGCUGCUAUGUCUACCUGUCAGAUGUGUCAGCGUUUCCGUGUCAUAGAGUCGACAAAGAAGUGGGACCGUCGCAAUGGGACUCACAGUUCCGUCAAAGCAAGUGGUUCACGCGCGGUUGGACGCUGCAAGAGCUUCUCGCACCUGGCUCAGUCGAGUUCUUCUCACAAGAAUGGACGAAGCUUGGUGACAAGACAUCACUUGCACGAAAGGUUCAUGAGAACACGGGCAUUCAGACCCUUGCGCUAGAAGGGGCGCCUCUGUCUCAGUUUCCUGUCAACGAACGGUUGCGCUGGAAAGAAGCCAGGGUGACUAAACGUGAGGAAGAUAGAGUGUACUCGCUGCUGGGCAUCUUCGACGUGGAGCUAGCGCCAAUGUACGGCGAAGGAGCGGCGAGCGCGUUCAAACGUCUCAUGGAUGAGAUCCACACGUUAGAAAAAUGCGUCCAAGACGCACGGCACACUGACCCACGUGAUGACAAGAAGCGCAUCGAGGAGACCAAAGGCGGACUACUAAAAGAUUCCUACCGUUGGGUGCUCGACAACACUGUUUUCCGGCAGUGGCAGCGGGAUCCGCACAGCCCACUGCUGUGGGUGAAAGGCGAUCCUGGAAAGGGCAAGACGAUGCUGCUCUGCGGCGUCAUAGACGAGCUGCAAAGCUCACUUCCUAAGACUGCCCUUCUAGCGUACUUCUUCUGUCAAGCGACUGACUCGCGCAUCAACAGCGCCACAGCUGUGCUACGAGGGCUGCUGUAUAUGAUCGUGAAGCAGCAACCGUCGCUUGUAUCUCACAUCCGCAAGAAGCACGAUGACGCAGGCAAAGCGUUGUUCGAGGAUGCAAAUGCCUGGGUCGCCUUGACAGGGAUCUUCGCGGACAUGAUACGAGACCCACAGCUCAGAGCUACAUUCCUGAUCAUCGAUGCGCUAGACGAGUGUGUCACUGAUCUGCCGAAACUGCUUCAUUUCAUCGCAAAGCAGUCUUCUGCGUCUUCCCGCGUCAAGUGGAUCAUGUCGAGCCGCAACUGGCCAGAGAUUGAAGAGCAGCUAGAGCUCGCCUGGCACAAGGUGAGGCUGAGUCUUGAGCUGAACGCAGAGUCCGUAUCGGCGGCGGUCGGCGUUUUCACUCAGCACCAGGUGUCUCAGCUGGCGAAGCAGAAGAAGUAUGACAAGCAGACACAAGAAGCGGUGUUUGAGCGUCUGACGAGAAAUGCAAACGACACCUUCUUGUGGGUAGCACUCGUAUGCCAAGAGCUUGGAAAGACAGCUAAACGAAACGCUGUAAAGAAGCUGGACACCUUCCCGCCAGAUCUGAAUGCAUUUUAUGAACGAAUGAUGCAGCAGGUCAGCAUGUCGGAUGACGCUGAAAUCUGCAAGCAGGUGCUGGCUUUGAUCGCGCUCGUGUAUCGGCCAAUCACGCUGAAGGAGCUGGUGGCCCUUGCUGAGCCGCUCGAAGACAUGGCCGACGAAGCGCGGGAGAUCAUCGGUCUUUGUGGAUCGUUCCUCACUCUGCGAGGAGACACCGUCUACUUUGUACACCAGUCCGCGCAGGACUUCCUCUUCGCCAAGGCAUAUGACAAGAUCUUCCCGCGUGGGCCUGAAGCUACGCAUCACGUGAUCUUCUUGAGGUCACUCGCGAUUCUGUCCCGGUCAUUGCAAAGGGACAUCUACAGCCUGGAAGCGCCCGGUUUUCUUGUUGACGAUGUUCAACCACGUGAGCCAGACCCGCUAGUAUCGUCACGCUACCCGUGCGUUUAUUGGGUCGACCAUCUGUACGACUCGAAGCCUGAGUCUUGGGCAAACGGCGUUGGUGACCUAGAAGUCAGAGGCGCCGUCGAUGAAUUUAUAAGGAGGAAGUAUAUUUACUGGAUAGAAGGGCUUAGCCUGUGCAGAAGCAUGGGAAAAGGGGUAAUUUCGAUGGCGAAGCUAUACUCGCUGCUCCAGGAUGAUGAUGAGCUUACUAAGCUUGUUCAAGACGCCGGCCGAUUCGUCAUGUACCACAAAGGAAUGAUUGAAAACUAUCCACUGCAGACAUAUGCAUCUGCGCUGUUGUUUAGUCCCACAGGAAGCGUGACUAGAAGGUUGUUCCAGCACGAAGAGCCAAAAGGGAUCACUAUCAAACCAGCAAUGAGCGCUGGCUGGAGUGCUUGCCUGCAGACGCUCGAGGGCCAUAGCAGCUAUGUCACCUUUGUAGCCUUCUCGCACGACUCGACCAAGCUGGCGUCGGCGUCAUACGACAGCACCGUCAAGCUGGCGUCGGCGUCAUACGACAACAUCGUCAAGGUGUGGGAUGCGAGCAGCGGGGCGUGUCUGCAGACGCUCGAGGGCCAUAGCGAUGCUGUCAGCUCUGUAGCCUUCUCGCACGACUCAACCAAGCUGGCGUCGGCGUCAUACGAUAACACCGUCAAGGUGUGGGAUGCGAGCAGCGGGACGUGUCUGCAGACACUUAACAUCAGCAGGCCUCUUUACAGCCUAUCCUUCGAUUCCACCAGCUUCUUUCUUCAUUCCGAGAUAGGUGCCAUUGCCAUACACAGCCUGGGAACUCCUAGCGAGGUAGCUGUUGUUGAACCUAAACGCCCUCUGUAUCUAGGCACAAGCCUCAGCUCCGGUAGCAUAUGGAUCAAGUAUGACGGCAGAAACGUGUUGUGGAUACCAUCAGAGUAUCGACCGUCAUGCUCUGCGGUGUGCGGGAACACAGUCGGUAUGGGCGUGGGGUCUGGCAGAGUGUGGACCUGCAGUGUUAACCCAGACACCUACAUGUGUUCUUAG